AGAAGAGCAAGGUCUACAUAAAUACCUUGCACUUAGGAAUAUCUGUAAAAAAUUUACAGAUAUCUCUCAUUAGAACAAUCCUAGUUCUAUAUAUCUGACUAAAGAGACAAUUACGUCUUCGUGCAGUUUCUGGUUUGUGAUUUUCUCCUUGGAACGGCUGUGGACAGUUCCAGGAAAGGACAAGUCCUGUCUUGUAGGUGGAAACACUGUUUUGUGACUCUAUCCUUUCUCUCACUCAGCAAGGUGCCUGCCAAGAUGUUCCACUUGCAGAGUUCCCAGAAGCUGCAGAUGCUGGAGAACUCCUUGAGAAAGCACAUCCCUGAAUCCAUCAAGGUUUAUGGUACCCUCUUCCAUAUGAAACAAGGAAAUCCAUUCAAGCUCAAGGCCCUGGUGGACAAGUGGCCUGAUUUUAGCACAGUGGUUAUUCGUCCUCAGGAUCAGGAAAUGUCAGAUGACUUGGACCAUUACACUAAUACAUACCUAAUCUUCACCCAGGAUCUUAAGAAAUGCCAGGAAUUCCUUGGCCUACCAGAAGUCAUUAACUGGAAACAACAUUUGCAGAUUCAAAGUUCCCAGUCCAGUCUGGAUAAGGUGAUAGAGAAUCGUGGCAAAGUCAAGCAUACACAAUGCAUUCUGUACAUGAGAUUUGACACAGUAAUGAAAUUGGCUCCUUGGCUGUUGGUUGGGGAAAACGUCUCACUCAAGCAUUCCAAACCAAAGUCAAUCAAUCCGGAGAUGUUUAAACUCUCUUCACUGGAUGUUACCCAUGCUGCCUUGGUGAAUAAAGUCUGGAGUUACGGUGGCAAUGAGAGGAGCCAGAGGUUCAUCGAGCGCUGUAUUCGGACCUUUCCCAACUUCUGUCUGCUAGGGCCUGAGGGGAGCCCAGUGGCCUGGUCCCUGAUGGACCACACUGGGGAACUGCGAAUGGCAGGCACCGCACCCGAAUACCGGCGCCAAGGACUCAUGUCUUACAUCGUCCAUGCUCAGUCGCAAGCUCUAGGGAAACUGGGCUAUCCCAUGUAUGCCCAUGUCGAUAAAGCCAACCACAUCGUGCAGAAAGUGGCCAGCACCGUACAUGACUUCCCCAUGUCCAGUUACUGGAACCAGUGGAAUUCUGUGCCUUUGUAAAGCUGGUCCCGAGGGUAGUCAGUGGUGGAGGAUGCGGGGAGGGGUGGGUGGCGUGCAUGUGGCUGGGGAGAUGGAUGGGUUAUCAGCAGAUCCCGAGCCUCAGUGAGAACAACAGAAACCUGGGACCCUGCCCUCAACUAGCUCAUAGCGUCUUUCCGUUAUUUCCUCUAUGGUUCCUGUUCACAGGGGAGUACAGCCCUUACAUUCUCAGGAUCCUUAUCAUGCUGUUAAAUCAGAUGCAUCUCUUUCUGGUUUGUUCUCCUGGCUAACUGACUUGUCUAUUUCUCAAGAAGUGGGGUUCUGCUAUUUUUCCCUCUGGUUUUCUGUGACUAUUUUUGUAAUAGACUGGUGAGUGCCCUGUCUUCUGAAAGAGGUCUAUUCAAAACUUGUCUUUCCUGAGUUACGUUUUAGGACUUCAAUUAUAGUCAUGUGAAGUAAGAGCAUAUACACA